UCAGGUUUGUGUAUCCGACUGGACAAGCUUGAGUCCUGGACAGUCGUGAAGGAGUCUGCUGUUGUUUCAUUUUCAUCAUGGCUGCUGUUCAAACAGAGGUUUCCCUGUACUCACAACCUUGGCAGAGGCCCCUGUACAUCUAUGGGGGGUUGGCGUGCAACUCACUGAUGGCUGAUUCCUGGUCGGACAGAACUCCUCUCCAUGAAGCCGCCUACCAAGGCAGACUGCUACACCUGAGAAGCCUCAUCGCUCAGGGCUUUCAUGUAGACACACUCAGCAUGGACAGAGUCUCUCCUCUCCAUGAAGCUUGCCUUGGUGGCCAUUAUGCUUGUGCCAAGUUCCUGCUGGACAAUGGCGCAAAUGUGGAGGCAGUAUCAACAGAUGGCGCCACACCUCUCUUCAACUCCUGCAGCAGCGGGAGUGCUGCUUGUGUCAGGCUCGUCUUGCAGCACAGUGCCUCCAUCCACACCCCCUACGAGCUGGCAUCACCCAUCCACGAGGCCGCUAAGAAAGGUCACAGAGAGUGUCUGGAGCUGCUGCUGUCGUAUGGCGCUCAUAUCGACAUGGAGCUGCCAGUGGUGGGGACGCCGCUGUAUUCUGCCUGCAUGGCCCGGGCUGCAGCCUGUGUAGGGGUGCUGCUACACUCAGGAGCAGAUGUUCGAAUAGGAUGUGGGCAGGACAGUCCUUUACAUGCUGCAGUUCGAGGUGGAGGAGCCAACAUAGUGGAUCUUCUGCUGGACUUUGGGGCUGAUGGGUGUUGUAGGAACGCAGAGGGAAAGACUCCUCUGGAUCUGUCGUCGCCAAACAGCGCAGUUAGAAUUGUACUGCAGAAAAGGGGUCCCUGCUCUCUGUCUCAGCUCUGUCGGUUAUGUAUUCGCCGAAGUCUGGGAAGGAGUCGUCUCCACGGAGCUUCCAGCCUCUUUCUUCCUCACAGUAUCAAGGACUUCCUCCUCUACCAAUGAGACGUGUCUGCCCUGCUUGUGUGGCCACAUAUACUGAUUUGUCCUUCACAUUUGUGCCUCGUCACUGACUAACAAGGCAAGUGAAAGAAUCCACAUUCACAGAACGGAACUAAGCUUUGUCAGUCAUCUGUAUUUUAUCAUACGGUUGCUUUUAAUAUUAUAAUAACUUCCAUAUUGCAGUGACUAUAAUGUAUCAGGUUUUGUAUUUUUGUAUUUUUAUUGAAGUGCUUUCCAUUUCGUGUCUAUGGAUUUUACAUUAUUCCAAGAUGUUUUUAAAGGGAAACUCCAUCGAUUUUGCACAAUACAGCCUGUUACAGGUCUUGGGGAGUACUACUACAUAUGUGAAAAAAGGUUGUAUAAAUUGUAUACAGAGGGAGCUGUGCUGUCUGAUAAACUGCCUCAAGUGAUGUCACUUGAGUCGAGUUGUAUUGUGGGUAAUGUAGGUACCAGGAUUUGACAAAGAAGAAGGUGUGGAAUAAAAACAAUAUUUCUGGCUCUGCUGCAUCGCUGUUAUGAAAAUGUUAUAGGAGUGCAAUGCUAAAUCAGUGGAGCGCUCGUUUAAUGACUACAUAAUGUAAGGGGCUCAUCCCUAUUUUCCAGGGGUCCUAUGUGCCCAGCAUGGUUGUCUCUUGAAAUAAACUAAUAAAUAACAUUGUAAGCGAUUGGAAUUACAAAAGAAUGAAGGAAUGAAGAAAUGCAGUUUGAAUGGUAAAAAUCCAUUCAGCCACUGUGGAGAUAUCAAUAUUUAAAGUCAAGAAAACUGUCCUGCCUGCAAAUUUGAGGGUGUAGGUUUCAAGGAGUACAUCAGUAGGUUAUAAGCUGUAGAUGGGUGAUUUCAACAUAUUGGCCCAGGGAAACAAACGUUGAACAUUUGACCUUGGGGAAAAACUGAGAACAUCCUUAAUGUGUCAUAUUAAGAGGAUAUUGAGCUGGGGAACAAAGGACCCUGGGAGCAUAUUAAUGGUCCCAAUGUACGUUGUCUUGUUUCCAUAGUGUUUUCAUUCAGCAGUUACGGUUGUUUUUUUUGCGUGUUUUUUCAGAAAUAAAGUUAUUUUACUGUUUUAGUUUGUCACAUAUAAAGUAUGUCUGUCCUCUGCAAUUCCUGCAAUAAAAUCUAUUAAAUCUGCAGACCCAAACCAGUUAAAUUUUACAAAGGCCCCAGCCUUUAUUGUAGUAUAAGCCACAGGAGUAAUUGAUUGGCUGUGAAUAAGGAAACCAGAAACAACCUUAGUCAUCAUCCUGCUGAAGGCAAGAUAUCUGAAAACAUUUGGUGAAUAAAGCGCGAUGUAGUGGAGAAGAGUUGUGGGAUGUGUUUUAAAUUUGAUGGAAUUACAAAAUAUGUAUAAAAGAAAUAAAAUCCACAAUCUUUCA